GGAAAAUAAUACAUUAUGAAACUAAAAUAAACGCAAUUUCUAAUAAAUGUGUUUUAUUGUAAUCUUUACAGCUACGUUGAAAUUGUGUUUUAUUGAAAAGCCUUAUCAUUAGAUCAUAAAAAAAAAUCACAAAGCACUUAAACGCAAGAAAGAUUGCUAAGUAUAAUAUUCGGUGAUACAAAAAAUCUUCCAAAAUAAUGCUUGAAUAUAUUGUGUAGUUUAUCUAUAUAACCGUAACAAACGAAGACUAAAUGUGGACAGAACACAAGUGGAUUUUUGCUGAAGCAGUCAUUUUGAAAUAUUCCGUGAAGGUACUACAUUCAUUAUACAACCUUGGUCAUGGCUGAACUUAACGGUAACAAGUGUACGCACGUGGACGACGUUUUAAUCAAAUUUAAUAUAUUCGGGCGAUACUACGCAAAAUCCAUCGUACUCAUAUUCAUUGCGUACAUGAGUAACAUCUUGUAUUCUGAAAAUUACGUGUUUACGGUGGAAGAAGUCAAGUAUAAAUGUAAAGAUGUCAGAUUUGAGAAUAACACUUGCUCUACGCUUACUGAUUCCACGGAAGUUUGUACCGAGUGGCUGUAUGAGAAUCCUGAUAGCUUUGUGGCUGAAUUCCAACUAGCCUGUCAAGAUUGGAAGAGAACUCUAGUCGGCACGGUGCACAGUUUUGGAUAUAUGGUUGGUUUGCUAAUAGUCGGACCUUUGUCAGAUAGGCUUGGAAGAAAGUCGUUAGUGGUAGUAACAGGUGUCCUUGGAGGAGUGAUAGGUAUCAUUAGAAGCUUUACCGGUUAUUACUGGUUAUUUGUCGCUCUGGAAUUCUUGGAAGCCACAGUAGGAGAUAUCAGCUCGCCAGCGUUCAUGCUUUCAAUCGAAAUGGUAGCGAAGAAGAAACUAGUCAUGGUCCAAUUUAUCUGCAACUAUGGAUAUAUAUGUGGUACAUUCGCACUGUCUCUUUCAGCGUGGUUGUUCCCAUACUGGAGGAGUUUGUUAAGAGCCAUGUACACUCCAGCAUUAUUGUUCUUCUUGUACAUAUUUUUUUUAGACGAAAGCCCGCGAUGGCUUCUUAGCAAAGGAAAGAAAGACAAAGCAGUACGUAUUUUAGAAACGGCAGCCACUAAAAACAAAAUAAAACUUGAUAAAGAUAUGCUAGGCAAUUUAGCCUACGAAGAAGAUAAAGGAAUGAGCUACACUAAUCUUCUUAAGAUGACGUUCAGUUCGAAAGCUUUACUGAAGAGGUUUAUCCUAUGUUUGAUUUGGUGGACAACAUCGACCUUCGUGAACUUCGGGAUGAAUAUCAACUCUGUUUUAUUGCAAGGAAACAAGUACAUCAACUUUGCUCUUACUGCAGCUGUGUGUAUACCAGGAAAUGUACUGAUCCUGUAUUUUUUAACAAAGUAUAAAAGAAAGUAUACUUUAUUUUGGAGUUUUAUUGCAUCGGCAGCUUUCUGUUUGGUCCAACCUUUCGUACCCACAGGUCUCCCGUGGCUGUCAGUGACGCUUUUCAUGGCUGGAAAGUUCAUGUCUUCAGUAUAUUUUGAUACAACGUACAUUUUUACCUCUGAAAUAUUCCCAACGUACACAAGAAACUCCAUGCACGCAUUAUGCUCGUCUCUUGGUCGGGUUGGGUCGAUAUUAGCACCACAAACUCCAUUACUGAUGGCAUAUUGGCACGGGCUCCCGUCCCUGGUGUUCGGGCUGGCAUCUUUGCUGGCGGGAAUGGCGACACUAUUCGCCCCCGACACAGCCGAUGACGCACUCCCCGACAACGUCACACAGGCUGAGGCGCUGGGGAGACACGUCCCAACAAAGACAGACAUAAAUAAGUUUCCAACACUUAACAAUACACAAGAACAAGUCAUUUCCCAUGAAAAUAAUAUUUCUCAACUAUAAAUAAAUAUUAUUUAUA